ACUGUGCGACAUGCCGGAUGAAAACGAGACAGCUUAGUAAGCGCUGCACUUUGACUGCAGCGUCUGAACGUUGUCGUUGCUUUGUGACUUCAUUUGUAUCAUUUUUAAAGUGUGCCCGUCAUUGCUGCGUUCACAGGAGCUGUCAGCGGCUGCACGGCUGUGGCCUCGUACUUUAAACGUCAGUCUGCGGCCCACAAACUCAUCUAUAAGCGAGGCUAGCGUUAGCGAGUAGCUACAAGACCCCCGGGGUUUUUUUACGGUGAGCUGGAUAUUCUAGCUGCGUUUGUUUGUUUGUUUGUUUGUUUGUUUGUAACGGCGGUAUGAGUUAUGGAUAUGGAGGUGGAGGUGGAGGUGGGAGAAGAGGCAGAAGAGGAGGUCGAGGGUUUAGAGAUGGAAGCAGAGAAAGAUGGGACAGAGGAGGAGGAGGAGGAGGAGGAGGAGGCUCGAGAGGACACAGUUCCGACUUCGACCAGCACGAAGAAGGAGGAGGAGGAGGAGGAGGAGGAGGAGGAGGAGGACCACGGGAUCGUCCUCCUCCACACCUGAAGGGCCGUGAGAUCGGUCUGUGGUACGCAAGAUACGGAGCCGUGAGGAGGAAACAGGCUGACCGGAGAUCGCGGGCGGUGGUCCAGAUGGAUGAGGCCAGAGAGCAGCACAUUACCAAGCUGCUUAACUCUGUCCAGAGUGAUCACCCUGGUCCAGCGAGAGACGGCUGGGAUGGAAGAGCCUCUACAUCUGGCAGCUGGCGGACACCUGCAAGUAAAGGUGGUCAUUGUUUCUUUGAUGGAGAUGAGCCUGAAGAGGAGAAACUGAAGCAUGAGAUCAAGUCAGAGGAAGAGGAGGAGGCAGUUGCUAAAGAUGAGCCCCCAGACACCUGGGAUGAAGAAGAACAGCAGGUGGAGGAGAAAGAGAAACCGAGAUGGAAAGACAAGGACGUGGAGUUCCUAUUUCAGGAAGUAGUCAGAGACAGCUCACUGGACGACCGCUUAAAGAGAGAUCUGCAGAGCAAGAAAUCAGACCCAAAAUACAAAGAAAUGCUGAAAUUCAGGGAAAAACUGCCGUCCUACGGGAAAAGAGAGGAGCUGGUGAAGCUGAUCAACUCGAACCGUGUCCUGGUGGUGAGUGGAGAAACGGGGUGUGGAAAGACCACUCAGGUCACCCAGUUCAUCCUUGAUGACUAUAUCAACAGAGGCAUGGGCUCGCUGUGCCGUGUGGUCUGCACUCAACCUCGCCGCAUCAGUGCCAUCUCGGUAGCAGAGCGUGUAGCGGCAGAGAGGGCAGAGAGUGUAGGGAAUGGGAAUUCUUGUGGUUACCAAAUCCGCCUGCAGAGCCGGUUACCACGGAGACAAGGUUCGGUCCUGUACUGUACUACAGGCAUUAUUCUUCAGUGGCUUCGCUCAGACCCAUUGUUGUCCAGUAUCAGCCACCUGGUGUUGGACGAGAUCCAUGAGCGGAACCUGCAAUCUGACGUUUUGCUCGUCAUUGUGAAGGACCUACUCAACCUUCGAGACGACCUCAAGAUCAUUCUCAUGAGUGCCACGCUCAACGCAGAGAAGUUUUCUAGAUAUUUUGACAACUGUCCAAUGAUCCACAUCCCUGGUUUGACGUUUCCAGUGGAAGAGUUCCUCCUUGAGGACAUUUUGGAGAUGACCAGAUAUCAUCCCCAGAAUCAGGACCGUCGCCCCACAUGGAAGAGAGGCUUUUGGCAGGGGCGCAACUCCAGACCUGAGAAAGAGGAGAAAGAGGCUGAAUACAAGGAGAGCUGGCCUUCGUAUGCACGCACACUCCAGGGCAGAUACUCUGAUAACACCAUUGAGGCAGUGGAGAUGUUGGACAAUGAUGACAAGAUUGAUCUGGAGCUGAUAGUUUCACUGAUUCGCCAUAUUGUGCUGAAUGAUGAGGAAGGAGCAAUCUUGGUGUUUCUGCCUGGCUGGGACAACAUCAGCAACCUCAAUGACCUGCUCACGGCUCAGCAGAUGUUCCGAUCAGACCGAUUCGUUAUCAUCCCUUUGCACUCCCUCAUGCCUACUGUUAAUCAGACGCAGGUGUUCAAAAGGCCUCCUCCUGGAGUUAGAAAGAUUGUGAUUGCUACCAAUAUAGCUGAGACCAGCAUCACCAUAGAUGACGUUGUUUAUGUGAUAGAUGGAGGCAAGAUUAAGGAGACCAACUUUGACACCAACAACAACAUCAGCACCAUGACAGCGGAGUGGGUUAGCCUGGCCAAUGCCAAACAGAGGAAAGGGCGUGCCGGCAGAGUGUGCCCAGGGAAAUGCUAUCAUCUGUACAAUGGUCUCAGGGCCAGCCUGCUCGAUGCCUAUCAGUUACCCGAAAUCAUGAGGACACCGCUGGAGGAGCUGUGCCUGCAGAUCAAGAUAUUGAAGCUCGGGUCUAUAGUUCGAUUCCUGGAGAAAGCGCUGGACCCGCCCACUGAAAAGGCCGUCAACCUAGCCAUCAAGAACCUUGUAGACCUGAACGCCCUGGACCGUGCAGAGAAUCUGACAGCGCUGGGUUUCCACCUGGCUCGUCUGCCUGUGGAGCCUCACAUUGGCAAACUCAUCCUGUUCGGGGCUCUGUUGGGCUGCCUCGACCCCAUACUCACCAUUGCUGCUUCACUCAGCUUCAAAGACCCUUUCUUCAUACCCCUGGGUAAAGAGAAGAUGGCAGACAUGAGGAGAAGGAUCCUGUCCAGAAACUCCAAGAGUGACCACCUCACUAUUGUCAAUGCCUUCCAGGGCUGGGAGGAAGCGAAGCAGCACGGUUCCAGGUAUGAGAGGGAGUACUGCUGGGACAACUUCCUGUCUGCCAAUACACUCCAGAUGCUGCACAACAUGAAGGGUCAGUUUGCUGAGCAUCUAAUGCAUGCAGGCUUUGUCAGCAGCAAAGACCCCAAAGACCCCAAAUCUAACGUCAACUCAGACAAUGAGAAGUUAAUCAAGGCGGUGAUUGUAGCUGGCCUGUACCCUAAGGUGGCAAUGAUCAGACCAUCUCACAGCAAAAAGAGGCCAGGACCCAAGGUGUACACCCAGGCUGAUGGAAAGGUGUGUAUCCACCCGAAAUCCGUCAACGCUGAAGAGACGGAGUUCAACUACACAUGGCUCAUCUACCACCUCAAAAUGAGAACAAGCAGUAUCUUCCUGUACGACUGCACGGAGGUGUCCCCAUUCUCGCUGCUGUUCUUCGGAGGAGACAUCACAAUCCAGAAAGACGACGGCCAGGAGACUGUUGCGGUGGACCAGUGGAUCGUCUUCAGAUCCCCGGCACGCAUCGCUCACCUGGUCAAGAGUUUAAAGAAAGAGCUAGAUUCUCUGUUGGAGGAGAAAAUUCGUAAACCUGCUCCUGUGGACUGGCAAAACCGUCAGUCCAAAGACUGCGCUGUCAUCACAGCCAUCAUAGACCUCAUCACCACCCAGGAGAAGCCUACAGGCGGCACGAAGGGCUAUGGCAGAACGUGGGCGUCUGCCCCGAGAGGACAACACAUUCACUUCAAUGACGACGAUGACGAUGAUGAUGAUUAGGAACUGGCUGUGUUUUUGGCCGGCUAUGAAGAGAAGGGCCUGGGAAAUGACUAUGGCUACAUCUUUGGACACAGAGGUUAGUUGGGAUAUUUAUGAUAACCAGCUGGCCUACUUGAUGGUGCCUGUUGCUUGAAAUUCUAGUGCUCCCUGGGUGCUCCUGAAAGCCAAAACUAGGGCGCAAAAGUACUGGAACAUGUUACGCACUUGACUUUUUUUGAUUAUUCAAUCAUUAUUUUGCAAGGACCAAUCCAUGUUCAAAUACACUCAGUAGCUGUUUAUUGUUUAGUUUGUAGAUUUCUGGUUUGGAUGAAUCUUGCUCUUGUAUUUGAGGAAUGUCACUUAAUGGACUGCGCAAUAAAAAUAAAUAAAAAGUA